AUUAUUCGUCGACGGGUAACGAAAUCGCCGGUAAGAUUCGGGAGGAGAGAGCAAACGAGAAGCGACGGUGAUCUGUGAUCAUAAGCCGGCGAAAGGAUUUUAAAAUCGAAGAUGAUCGGCCGACGUGCUGGAACGAAUCGAGUCGGUAUGAGGAGAGACGACUCUCUUCUAACUCGGUUUGUUGACUCAGUAUUCUAUUUCUUCCGAUUGGCUGAGUUUGAGAUCCUCUUUGUUCUCUUCAUCCUUAUCACCUACGUCAUCUUCAAAGAUCUGACGGCGAGGCCUGAGUACAAUCGGAUUCUUGUGGAGAAACCUGGUGGAUCUGACAUCUGGCCGUUCUAAAUUGAAAAUUAGAAUUUUGUGUGUUUUGAAUGGUUAGUUCUCGGUCUCUGACUUGAGUACAACUCAUGAAUCUGUAGGACGUGUGUGCUUUGUAUACGGCAAUGAACGCUUAUCUUUAUCUUCUGUUGUACAUGUCAGUUUGUUCAAAUAGGGUCAAAUGUAAUCCUCCUCCGUUGCUUUUGUUUUGAUUAAUAAAGAGUUCGGUUGCAUUCACUA